AUGAGUGAGAUGAAAACCGAUGGAAAACCGUCCCAGCUAGGUUUGAGCCGUGUGGACCCGGCUCUAUUCGAAACGGGCCAACGACUAAAAGUCGUAGCUAUAAGCCUUGAUAUAAGAUACGGCCAACUGGACAUGGAAAACGUGAAACGAUAUGAGUGA